AGCCAACCCAGAUUUUAUUGUUUCAGAAGGGCGCUGAAGCCAACAGUGAGGUCUGAUCUCCUCAAAGGUUACUGCAGUGUGUGAUGAUGGAGAGAGGAUCUUCUUCAGUGGCAGACUGUAGAGGGAGUGCAGAAGCAGCAACUACCAAACACACUGAAGGUUCUAUACUGAAGCAAGGAGAGCGUUGCAUUAGGGAGAACAACAUGUCCCCGGUAGAGACAAAACAAGAAACUCCAGAGCAAGCACAGGAUUCCAGUGAGAACUCCUUGAUGAAGCUGCAGAGCUUCGACAUUGACCUGUGCUCAUCGUUUCUGCCGAGCCCCGAGGAAAGUCCUGGAACACAACGGAGCAAGGAGCAACCCCCUCAAGUCAAUCGGAACGGCAUUGCUGAUGAAGGAAGCAGUGGGGAGCGCGCUGCCCCAAUUAUUGAUUUCAAAUUAAUGCAUCGGCAGGAUAGUGACGAGCCAAUUCCAGCCUUUGAAGGCUGGCAGAGCGAGCUGGAGAAUGGAGUCGAAGCCCAUCGAUCCCUGGGGGCUGGUAGGUUGCUGCACCACAUCGCAGAGGGUGACAACCCACUAGUUUCACCGCGUUGCUCCAGUUUCACCAAGAGCCAAAGAUUUGUAUUGGACACGGAAGCUGCCCCUUCUCCACCAAGUGCUCAGCUCUUCAUCAUGCCAAGAAACUCUUCACUGAUCAAUUCAGAAGCUGAAAACAGUCCAAUGCUGAUGACACAGCUGACCAAACAGAUCCAGAAUUUGAGAAAGAAAAUACGCAAGUAUGAGGAAAAAUUUGAGCAAGAGAAAAAGUAUCGGCCCUCCCACAGUGAUAAGGUUGGCGAUCCAGAAGUCCUGAGGUGGAUGAAUGAUCUGACAAGGGCCCGUAAGCAGUUAAAAGAGUUGAAACUGAAGAUCUCUGAGGAGGAGAAUAACAGACGGCACAGACAUCGAAGCAACGCGUUGCCCAUAAACUCCAGGCAGGACAAAGAGAACAAGCACCACGUAUCUGGGGAAUCCCAGCAGAAACCGAGUGUUGAGGAAACUGUACAGAUUGUGAUGAAAAAGCUGAAGGAAAAGCAGGAAAUACUUGGUCUUCCGGAGGAUGUUAAGGAAAUGACACAAAAGCAACUGAGGUUAGAUAAGGUCAACAUGCAAAAUUGCCUAUUGCAUUUUGAAAGCCUUUAUGGACGACCGGUGAACAAACAGGAAAGACUGCUAAUGAAGCCUCUGUACGACAGAUAUCGCAGUAUCAGGCAACUUCUGUCUCCUGCUGCAGCCAUCCCCACUAUUGAAGAAGAAGGUUCAGAUGAAGAAACUAUUUCGAAGAGUUGUGAAAUAUCUACCAGACCAAUAGCAGACUUUCCUUUUCAAGAAUUUGUAGACAAUGUAGACCAUCGAGAUGAAGACCAUGAGCCUGGAUUUCUCCCACCUCUGGAUGAGAAGAAAGAGACCAGGCAACCGACAACUUCACUGGCCAAUCUACAUGAAGCCUCUAUGUCUGAAUUGUUGGAACAUCUUCAUGAAACUAGAGCAGAGAAGAAGAAACUCCGCAAAGCUCUCCGAGAAUUUGAAGAGCAGUUUCUCAAACAAACCGGAAGGAAUGUACAGAAAGAGGAUCGCAUUCCAAUGGCUGAAGAAUACAUCCAGUACAAGCAUACAAAAGCCAAACUUCGAUUACUGGAGGUACUCAUCGCUAAACUCGAUGGCUCAAAAACUGUUUUGAGUUCUUAAAAACAAACCUUACCCACAAGACAAUUUUCUGGUCUUUAAAACAACCAGAGGAAAUUAUUCAAUCCUUUCUCAAACUCUGGAUAUUUGAUCCUCGCAUUUGUGCCAUAGAAACACUCUUUUUUGGCUGCACUUUACUGAAGUCUGAAAAUUCCAAAAGCGACAGCAAGAAUGAACAUGAGGGUUGCUGAGCAACUAAUCAAAGUCACUGUCGCUAACGACAACAAACCUUACAAUAUGCACUGAUGAUAUUUUUGAGUAGGUAGCUUUUGAGAAUUUUAUGAAAUAGAUUGUAUUCUGGACAAUGAUAACUACUCCAAAUAGUUAAUCAUUUGUUGGCAAGGCAGAUGUUCAGGAGGGAGACAUUUAUUUGCUCGCCUCCAUGUGAAACAUCAUAGCACUUUAUUUGUCAUUGUGGGGUAAAAAGUGUGUUAUAUACUACCAAAAAUAGGCUGCCCUUUUCGUGUUUUGAUGGUUUCUUCGGUUUUUAUCACAUUAUAGUUUAAGUACAAUCAAUUUCUUGUUUAAUUAUUGAAGGGAGAAAAAAGGAAAUUCAAAAUGAAUUUACAGUUGUUUGGACUCCAAUCCCUUCUUUCUCAUGGCCAUUUAUUUGUAUUCAAGCUAUAGGUUAUCUUUAUACUGGCCACUAAAGUUGUCAUUCAUAUUUUGCUAAUUAUUUGCUGAAAGAUGUUUGCAAUUUAGA